AUAAGCUAGCUUGCCUCCUCCGAUCCAUUCCCUCUCCGCUCCCAUUUCCAUCUCGUUCUCUUCACGCAGCCACACCGACCUCUGCAUCGAUCGCUCGGCGUCCAUUUAUAUGGCCAAGUCCCUGAUCUUGUUGUGCGCAGCGCUCGCGGCGUGCUUCGCGCUCGCCGCCGCUGACUGGUCUCAGGGCACCGCCACGUUCUACGGCGGACCCGACGGCUCCGGCACCAUGGGCGGCGCGUGUGGGUACGGUAACCUGUACAACGCCGGGUACGGCAUCAACAACGCGGCGCUGAGCGAGACGCUGUUCAACGACGGCGUGUCGUGCGGGCAGUGCUACCUCGUCCUCUGCGACGGGUCACGUCCGGGCGGCCAGUACUGCAAGCCCGGCAACAGCGUCACUGUCUCGGCCACCAACCUCUGCCCGCCAAACUACACGCUGCCCAACGGCGGCUGGUGCGGCCCGGGGAGCCCUCACUUCGCCAUGGCGCAGCCGGCGUGGAAGAACAUCGGCAUCUUACAGGCCGGCAUCAUCCCGGUCCUGUACCAGCAGAUCAAGUGCUUGCGCAACGGCGGCGUGCGCUUCGUCAUCACCGGGUCCAACUACUUCCUGCUCGUCAACAUCCAGAACCUCGCCGGCAGCGGCUCCGUGGGCGCAGCCUGGAUCAAGGGCGGCAACACGGGGUGGAUCCAGAUGACCAGGAACUGGGGAGCCAACUGGCAGGCGCUCUCCGGGCUCGUCGGCCAGGGGCUCAGCUUCGCCGUGACCAGCACCGGCGGGCAGUACAUUCAGUUCCUCAACGUCGUGCCAGGAGGGUGGCAGUUCGGCAUGACCUUCAACACAUACAAGAAUUUCGACUACUGAUGAUCCAUCGACCGUAAACCAAUUCAACGCAAAAAGUUUCUGCUAUGCACGUUUCUUAUAAGAGUCUGUGCUACCACAGUUUCUACGAUCCUAUGUUUCUCGAGAGCGCCUAGAUAGGUUGCAGUUGUUCUUUUAGAUAACCAUAAGUAGACUUACUCGUAUCUGAAUACUUUACAAUUGCUUCAUAGGCAAGGUGCAGGAAACAAUCUAUCCCUACUCCAAGAUAAUCCAUAGCACGUUAUUAUUAGUUCUAUACAAUUAUGCAUGACAGAUUUCUCCCUCCAC